AUGGCGGCCGGGGGAUGGAGGGGUGGGGUGCUGAAAAGGGAACGUGUUGAGCAAUUGCCAGGACUCUGUCUAGAGGUCACGUCUCUCUCGUCUCCUAGGCUCACGCUGGAAGAAGCGUCCUCCUGGAAGCGCUCGUUUGAUUGCGUAUUGGCAAGCCCGGCUGGCCGGAGCGUCUUCGUAGAGUUUCUGCAGACAGAGCACAGCGACGAGAACAUGGCCUUCUGGCUGGCCUGCGAGGAGCUCAAGAGGGAGCAGAGCCAGGAGCAGGUCUGCGAGAAAGCCAAGAAGAUCUACCUGGAUUACAUCUCCAUCCUGUCCCCAAAGGAGGUCAGCAUCGAUGCUACCGUGCGCGAGUCAAUCAACAGUUCCCUGGCGAGGCCCAGCGCACACAUAUUCAACGAGGCCCAGGCACAAGUCUAUGCCCUCAUGCACCGAGACUCCUACCCCAGGUUCCUGAGCUCACCCCUGUACAAGUCACUGGAGCAGAGACUGUCUGCCCUGACUUGUGACACAUAGCAAAGCCCCUUGCACGCACGCACACCCAUUUCAGGAUACGGCCAGCUGCUUCAGCUUCCUGCCAGCUCGUCAAGGCACCGGGGUAGACGGGACAGAGCCUCAGUUCUCUCUCUCUCCGUGGGUGAAGCCACUGGUGUUUUGAUAGCGACGCUGAUCUAGAACUUAUUCUAGUCUGUCUGAACCAAACAAGAUGUAACUCAUGCUGGGUUUUGGGAGGAUUUCACUAGGGCCUGUAGAGAUGGGAGAGCCCGGGGUCCUAGAAUUCAGAGCAUUGCUUGUCCUAGAACUUGGAUGGUAUCUGAGCUGGCGUGGUUCUAGAGCACAGGUGGUAUGUGUGGCCUGGACCAUGGUUCUAGAAUGUGGAUGGUCACAAGCUGGAGUGGGAUCUACAGUGUGGCUUGUGUCUGAUCUAGGGGUUCUACUACAUGCCUUGUACAUGAGUCUGGGCUUCUAGAACAAAGAUCACAUCUGAUCUGUGAUGGGUUCUAGACUGUGGAGCCUUCUAGAACUGUGGGGGCUUUUAGGAUCGUGAAUCUUCUAGAGCUUGAAGCUGCGUGUUUUUGUUUUAGGGACAAGAAAAAUUCUCCACCCAAAAUUAAUUGUAUUUCAGAAUUUCUAAGAGUUUCGUAAGCAUUUUCCCCACUUCUCUGAGCCGAGUCAACACGGCUCAGCUAGUCACUUAGUACUGAAGCAGCUAGCCAGCACAUUUAAAAUCUGGCCAAGUAGCUCACAGGCCCAGCUCUAGAUGGUCACUAGAGAAGAGACUAACAUUAUUCUAUUUAUCAGUUGGGGCUGCAAACAUAUAUUUUGUCCAGU